AUGAUCCCACCAUGUGACCCAACCAUCCUGGAUAAAAACCCCCAAUUCAAAAAACUGCACCAGCACCUGACGACAAACUUGCUCAGUCCGAAUGGCACCACUCGCGCCGACGAAGCCGAUCACGCGCGCAAAGCUGUUGCUGAGGAGCUGAGAGGUUUACAAAUCAGAUCCGCAAAGAGGGAUAUUCUCAAAAAUGCGACGAGGCGGGUUGCCCUGGACUCGCACGGAGGUCUGCCAAAGGACUUACAAGAUAAUCACGCAAUAAUAGCACUUUUCCUUGAUUCUACUACUGCGACUGCCGUGUCCGACGAGGAUGCAACCUCCCUUCUCGAGCGGGAUAUUGAGAUGUUUCUCAACAACGUCCACGUUCUGGCAGCCCAUAUAUCCGAAAACGUCGCCUUAGACAUUGAAGCCCUGCGUUCCAUUGCAGAUGAAACAACGAAUUCAAUGGUAGAUAACCCUAGCAAUCGACCUCGCAAAAGGACCAGACCGUCGUCAUUUAACAAUAACAAUGCACGAAGAAACACCGCGCAGCAGCAGCCGCAACUGUCCUCGCAGCUUACAGAUCGAACGCGCCAAUUGCGCGAGCUUCAGAUCUCCACACUCCCAGCGGCUAGGAGACAGAUGGCUGUGACAGCAGCGGGUGUUUUGGCGGCUAGAGCACAGGUCAUUGAGCGAACUGUCGUGCUGUUGGAGCGUACAAAGCAUGGUGUGUUGUCUAGAGCGACCAAGGCGCAGGCAGAUCAUUUGGCGACAGUUGCAGAAGGAAUGAAUGGAAAAGCGCAGGUGAUGAAACUCGAGGCCCUGACGACUAUAUACACGCCAGAGACUACAGCUGCCCUAGAAGAUUAUCGCAAGCACCUUAGAGACACUCACGCGCGACUUGAAGAGACGCAGAAUAUCGCUGUUCAGACACUGGAGGAAUACGAAAGAGUCGGCGCGCAACUUGGCAAAGAUGGCCAAUUAGUGUCGGGUCCCAUGGCUGAUAUAGCACGUCGAUAUGGUGCUUUGACAAAGGAGGUGGAAGCUGUCAGAGCAGAUAUGAGCAGACUAAGAAUGUAG